UCUAAUCAUAACCAUAUUCACCUCCCUGCAGGUUUUUAGUUUUUCCUAGCAUGGGCCAAACUCUACAGACAGUCACGGAUGAAGGGAACUGUACUCUGUCUGAGAAAGCUGUUCUCCAGCUUGCACUACGACUAUUGGAUGCACUUGAAUUCAUUCACGAGAAGGAAUAUGCCCAUGCAGACAUCCAUGCAGGAAAUAUUUACAUCAACACUAACAGUCACCCAGAGGUUUUCUUGUCAGGGUUUGGUCAUGCAUUUAGGUUUUGCCCUGGUGGAAAGCAUGUGGAGUACAGACAGGGUAGCCGCACUGCACACCAGGGUAACAUCAACUUUAUCAGCAUGGAUUCUCACAAGGGGGCUGGUCCCUCUUGUCGUAGUGACCUGCAGUCUCUGGGUUACUGUAUGCUGUAUUGGAUGACAGGCUCACUACCCUGGAGUCACCACUCUCAAACAAGCUCUGCUAUUGCUGCAGAGAAGGAGAGGUAUAUUUCUGAUAUCCCUGGACUUGUGAGUUACUGUUACAAACAGAAGAAAGCUUCAGGAGCAUUACAAGAUUACCUGACUAACGUGAUGAGCCUGCAGUAUACUGAAAAACCAGAUUACACGCUUCUGAAAGCUGGGCUUCACGAGAGCUUACAGAAGAUGGGUGGGAGUCUGAAUGAAUCACUGAAUCUGCAGGUGAAACCAUAAUCACAAGAGUUAGCAGGUGUGGAUUUAAUUGUUUUAUGGAAUGUUUAAGAAAGCUUUUAUGUUUUUAAAAUCAACUUUUAUUGCCGUUUUUACAAUGAUAUUGCUGUGCAGAAUUUGCAUGUUUUCUCUCAUAGGUUGAGUUUUAAUCACUGUGAUGUAUUAGAAUUUUUUAAAUAAAAUGUUUAAAACAUUGUUUAGUUUUAAGAGUGACUCUACUUUUUUGUAAACAACAAAUCAUUUCUUCCUGGUCUUGAUACAACCAUUAAAUUACAUUACAUGCCAUCGGUGGAAAUAAAGGUUUUGUUUGUGGAAAAGGACAUGUUCAUAAAGGGAAUUCUUUUUCGUAUUUUUCUUUUUCAUAAGUUGUAUUGUACCUUACUGAAAAUAAACAACAGUACCC